GUGAAAAUGGAAAGUAAAGAUUCAAAACUAAUAAAGAAAACGGGCAGGAAAACCCCUAAGUACUGUUGUAUUUGUAAAGGAAUUUACAGAGGAAAGGUUAUUGAUGGGAGAAAAGUGUCAUUGCACCGUUUUCCUCAGAACAAACGUUUAAAACGUGUGUGGGUGCAGCGAUGUAAAACGGUCAUGAGAUCGUUCCAGUGGAAUGAACACAGACGAUUGUGUAGUGAGCAUUUUGUUGGCUUCAGAGGACCUUCAUUCCAGCAUACACUUCCAUCUAUGUUUCCAACUGAGACUGGUGCUACCAAAACCUUCCAGCCAACGCUCCUUGAUGAAGACGUAGGUGAUGAUAAUGAUGGUGAUACGGUCAAUGACGAUUUAGACCUAGAACUGUCAAAUGAUGAUAGUAUACAGCCACAACUGUCAUUUGUAUCCCCUUCCGGGCAUGCCAUUGAUACCUCUGUCCACCUGCAUGAUUACUGCAUGGGACCAGUACUACAGCCACAGAAUCAGUCCUUUAGAUGUUGUGACACACAGACUGAGAACAACUGUGCAGUGAUGGAAGUACAAACUGAAGAAAGUUUCCUGGGAAAAACAGCAGACUUCAGUUCACAAACAGAACAUUCUACUAGAGACUUUGGUGUACAAUGUCAGCUACCUAUGCUCACAUAUGAUGACGUAAAAUACAAUGACGAUUUGGUCAGUUUUUACACCGGAAUCCCUAAUCGAGUUGUGUUUGAAGCUUUGUUUGAUGAAAUCAAGGAUGAAGCUGAAGUGCGGACAUCAAGGCGGAAACUUAACUAUAAAGAUUCAGAUGGAGGACGGCCAAGAACUCUAAGUGUUCUGGAUGAAUUUUUCAUGGUGCUGAUGCGCCUACGUCUAGGUCUGUUAUUUGAAGAUCUAGGUACUAGGUUUUGCAUAUCCACUUCACAAUGUAGUGACAUUGUUGAAAGAUGGAUCAACUAUUUACAUGUACAAUUAUCCUUUCUUGUUCAAUGGCCAUCUCGUGAGGUAGUGAAAAAUAACAUGCCUGAACAAUUUAAAGAGAAAUAUUCUAACACUAGAAUUAUUAUCGACUGCACUGAAAUUUACAGUGAAACAUCCAGUUCUCUUUCUUUGAAAAGUUUAAUGUACAGUGAUUACAAGUCUCACAUGACUCAUAAGAUUUUGGUGGGUAUAAGCCCAAAUGGUGUUGUAACUUUUGUUUCUGACUGUUGGGUGGGCUGUACCAGUGACAAGAAACUCACAGAAAAAUGUGGACUCUUGGACUUGCUUGAAGAAGGAGACGCCAUAAUGGUUGAUAAGGGUUUCACUAUUACAGACCUUACUACUCCAAGAGGCAUUCAUCUCAUUAUUCCACCAUUUAAACAGAAAGGAAAACAAUUCUCUAAACGUGAGGUUCUCCUUACAAAAGAUAUUGCAAGUUUACGAAUACAUGUUGAAAGGCAAAUGGAGAGAAUCAAGAACUUUCGAAUAUUGCAUGGCAAUAUUCCUAUAACACAGUCAAGGAGAAUUUCUAAAGUGUUCAAAAUAUGCACAUAUUUGACAAAUCUAUGGCCACCACUUGUUCAAUAAUAACUCAUGUGUCAAUGAAAGCGUUUGUAUAUAUCAAGCAUUAGAUUUAGGGAUAAAAACUUGUAUACUUCUAACUAGAACAAUGAAAUUACAAUUUUGUUUUAAAAUCAUUUUUUCGAGCAAGUUAUAUG